AUGAAAUUAUUAUUUAAAUUUUCUAUUCCUACCUUACAAUUUCAAUUUUCUCCUUCUCCUCCUAAGAAAAAUUCUGUUGAAACUCUUUAUCCAAGUCUAUCUCGAGCUGCUACUGCAAGAGGCGCCGCUGCUCGUCACAGCAUAAUGUCUACUGAGUCGAAUAAUGAAGUAGGCUCUUGGUCCUCGCUUGACGACCCAGCACCUGUUGACAUUAAAGAAAUUAUACCUUUGACCGCUCUUUGCCCUGAACAAGAAAUUCACAGGGCUGCCUUUAAAAUUCUACAACAAUGUAUUGACUUUAUAAAGAAUUUACCUAAAGAUGAUUGUUAUGUAUUUGAAAGUAAGGUUGUUCCUCCAAGUACUAUUGGAAAACACGUUAGAGCUUCUGUCGAAGAUAUAGAAUAUAAUGAUUAUGAUUCAGUAGAAACGAUAAAUGAAUCGCAUAAUUGGAAUGUUGAUUACGAUCGUAGAGAACAUGAUCUUCCAAUAGAAUUAUCACGUACAACUGCUGUAAAACAACUUUUGAAAUUACAAUCAACUAUUCUUAGUGAUUGUACAUCCAUACCAUUAAAUACUGUUAUAGAUGUAAGCGCUAUAGUUGACGUUGAGAUGUUAGAUGGUUCUCUAACUUUACAAUCUACAUAUGGUAGAGAAUUAUGGUUUUGCUGUCAUCAUGCAUUUCAUCAUUAUGCUCUUAUCAAAGCCAUAUGUAUAGAACAAAAUAUUCCAUGUCCACAAGACUUUGGUCUUGCACCUUCCACAAUCAAAAAUGCUGGGUUACCUGGAAAUUUUGUAGAGAAAUAA